GCUGCUUCAUCUUCUCAACAUCUUCCAUCCAGCAACAAUGAAGACACAGAUUACACUGCUGCUCAUCUGCAUGAUUUCCUCAGGAGCAUUGUCACUGCAAUGUCAUCCAAUUAUAUACAAUGACACGCUGGAUGACUAUAUAUACACAGAGUGUAAUGAUAUGUGUGCCAGAACAACCACUUCUGUGGACAUCUAUCUCGUAAGUGGUGUAUCUGGUCUAACACUCCGUGCAGUGGAUGAUCUUAUGUCUUGUGGCUCGCCAGAAAUUUGUGUCAAUGCAAGUAUGAAUAUUGGUUUGGUGAAAAUUGCCAACAAUACCAAAUGCUGCAGUAAUUAUCGCUGCAACAACGAAACCCUGCCAGUUAUGCCAGAGCAGUCAAUCAAUGGGAGAAGAUGUUACACCUGUAAUGAGAAUGACUGCUCUAAUAAACUGCAUUGUGAAGGAGCAGAAGAUCGCUGUAUCACUGCAACAGUUGUUCAAGGAUCCAAGACAAUGACACUGAAAGGAUGCACAACCGAGAACAUCUGCGAUACGACUCUACUAAGAGCACAUGGACUCGUCAUAACAGAUGUGGAGUGCUGUAAGGGGAAUCUGUGUAAUGGUGCUGAGAACUUCACGCUGAGAUUCUUCCUCAUGUUCAUCCCUCUGCUCUCCUCUAUCCUCUUCUACUAACAUGUCAGCCUGGAGAAACCCUUCAUGUGGUCAUAUUAUGAAAUGUUCUAUAUAGAUCUAUAAACUACAGGUUUCCUUUACUCUUUUGCAUGUUUCUCAACCUGACAUAAGUGUGCAUAACAUUUAAAAUUAAUCAAAAAGAAAAUUUCAUUUAAAUAUUUCAAUCCAAUCCCACUGAAAAAUGCUGUGCCUACUUACUUCUACAUUUAUCAGCCAAUCUACUAAUAAAAAAAAAAAAAAACAUUACUGGCAAAUUGCAAAGAAUUAUAAGUUCAAAACAGGAAAUGAAUUCUCACUUUGACUAUCAGAAUCAUCCACAUUAGUCUCUGUCCCAUCUCCUGAGGGAAAAGUCACACAAGCCUCAUCAUCGUCUCUACACUGCACUGAUUUGUGUUCUCAAUAACAUCAGUAUGGAAAUCAGUUUUUUUAAACAUCAGCUCAUUUAAAGCUUUAAACAUGUCAUCUAUACAGACUGUGUAAGCUCUCUUCUCUGUUUUGAUGCUGAUGUAACCAAGCAGGAGCAUCACAGACAUCACAAUUAAUUCAGUUCAGUAGCUAUCCAUAGCUGUUAAGCAAAAAGUGUCAUCAAAUCAAGACUAAAAAGUAGCAGAAAUAAAAACACUGAUGUUGUUUGGAUGAAAUACAUGUUUCCUUAAAUUAUUUAAGAAUUGUUUUUUGUCAUUUUUAGCUCUACAGAGAUCUGACAGAUUUUCCCAGAUUCCCACAGAAUUCAACAUCACACCUAAAUCCCUAUCGAGUGCAGAAUUAUGAAAUGAAAAUAGAAUGUAAGUGUUUGUCAGUUGAGGAAGUCCUUUUUUUCUCUUUGUCAUGUUGCAGUGUUUUAUCUGGAGCCUGUGAAGAUGAUGUGUGUUAAAUGAGCAGGCACCGCAACAUGGAUUACACUUCUGUUUGUAAAUCACGAAUGAUGUUUUUUUUCUUGCACAAACAUGAAACCAAGAAAAUAAACUGAACAGAGACCAA